AUGAGGAACUUGCUGGUGGUCUACUGCCUCUUUGGGGCUACAGCUUUAGUGUCUGGACACGAGAGUCGGAUCGUGAACGGCAAACCGGCGGCGGACCACGAGUUCCCGGCGCUGUCGUCGCUGCACGUGAACGGCAGCCACUACUGCGGCGCCAACGUGCUGAACGAGCGCUGGCUGGUCACCGCCGCACACUGCGUCAUAGCCAGUGGUUGGUCUCAGCAGACCAUACUGGCCGGCACCAACUCCCAGCCCAGUGGAGGCUCCGUCCACCAGGUGGAACGGGUCAUCAUACACGAGAACUACACUGGCAUGCCGGUCUUUUUCGCAGAUAUAGCACUGAUCAGGGGCGACUCUGUCGGUCCCCUGUACGUGGACGGGCAGCUGGUGUGCACUGUGGACUUCAGCCAGCACUGUGGCGGCAUCACGCCGCCCAGCGUCUUCACGAGGGUCGCUUCCUUCGUGAGUGGAUACAUAACAACAUCCAACUGCCAGCUACUAGUCCCGCCUGCUGUUGAGGUGUCUGGACACGGUGGCCUCAUCGUAAACGGCGAGCCGGCAGCAGACGAAGAGUUCCCGGCGAUGGCGUCGCUGCACAUGAACGGCAGCCACUACUGCCGUGCCAACGUGCUGUCCUAA